UUGGGGAUAUUUUAACAAUUUAUGAUAUGCGGCUCUUCUCUCCUACUUUUAAGCAUCGGCAACCAGGCUGCAUCCCUACAGAGCCCCUUCCCUUUGUUCAGUAUUACUCUCUUCUUAACUUUGUUAACACAAGAGACCUUUGUAUGGAAUCUUUUAAUCAAUGGAUUGGGAUGUUUUUGCGCUGCAAAUUUCAGAUGGUUAAAGGGCUUGUGUUUUUGGUGCUUAUGUACGGUGGUUGUUCAUGGUAAAUCAUUCAGUCGUAUUUUUCGGACCAAUCAAUGGACGGAAUACAUUCACUUGUAAUAUUCGAGAGUUUGGUCUCUAGUAGCAAAUGUUAUGCAAGGAGGCGAUAAUCUAGAACAGAGAAUGGGGGCAUGGUCUAGAAGGAAACAGGCUUGUGUACCAUGGUGGUUCAUGGUAAAUGAUUCAGUUGUAUCUUUCAGACCAAUCAAUGGACGGAAUACAUUCACUUGUAAUAUUCGAGAGUUUGGUCUCCAGUAGCAAAUGUUAUGCAAGGAGGCGAUAAUCUUGAAUAGAGAAUGGGGGCAUGGUCUAGAAGGAAACAGGUGUGAGCGUUUCAUGUAAUUAGUUUAUUGUAGUGGUUUUAUUUGUUACAUCCAGUGUGCUGUUUCAUGAUGCUAUCUACACAAAUCAAAUUUUUUGUCAUGUUGGGAGUGUUCUUGUGUAAUGGUUAAUUUCUGGUUUUCAACUAAUAUGAUAAAGAUAACAAAUAGGUCAUCAAUACGCGCGGAAGAUCAAUUUAGAAAGACAAGUUUUUAAGGAACAAUAAUGCGAAAAUAUAAGACUUUGGGAGCAAACUUAAAUACAGCAUGGAUGGAAGUAUUUGCUUUGUACCAUGCAGUAGUUUUGAUCACAUAGCGCUAGCAGACCCAAUGUUGAACAUUUGGCGAUCCCUGCGGCACAUUGAGGCACUUUCAAUAUGUAAAUGUUACUGGUUCUAAACGAAGGUUCAAACAUAAUGAAUGUGGCUUUGGAAAGAUAAGCAGGCAUAGGUGCUAUGUAAAUCAUUUAAGAGAAAGCCCAGACUUCUUAUAAUUUCGCUUUAUCAUUUCCUUCCUACUGGUCCUGGGAUUAGACUAAAUUACGCUAAAUCUAGUUGUGAUUUCCAGCAAAACAAAAAUUAAUAUAACUCUAGUAAACAAAAUCUACAAUCCUAUUAAGGGAAGAUUUGCCUGUCGAUUAGAUAGUACGGGCAAAAAAUUAACAGAAAUGACAAUGGAACUCGCCAACUCACCUGAAAUUACCCUAGUCCGAGGCAAAUCGCCCUUCUGUAGUGCUCACAAAAUUUUUAAAAUAAAAAAGAGAAUUGGGUUGACAUUGGAAAAGAUAUAUGCUGAGGUGGACAGUCCCGAUAAGGUAAUGGGUUGGUGAGAUUUGCACCAUAUGACGACACAUGUUAGUAUAGAUGUACCCCCGCUACAGAUCAUUUGAGGUGGGUCGGAUCGAGAUCACUACCCUCAUGGCCUAUUACUUGAGUAAUUAUCGGAUAACGCUGAGGGACUAAUAUAUUUUGAAAAAUACUAUGAUCCAUUUAUUAACUUAAUCGCAGAUUCACUUUUAUAUUUAUCGAAAGAGUUCAUGUAUAUGAGCAAGUUGUGACAGCCACAAAAUUGGUAACUUUGCAAUUUGAUAUUGUCAUUUCCAUGGGGUAUUUGGGGUCAAAUCUAAUAAUUCUUUGCCCAUUUUUUAUAAGAUUAAUAAUGCCUAGAUAUAAUUAGUGUGGAACACCAAAUACAAAUGUCACUACUUUCUCACAUACAUGAACUAUUCAAUUAAAAUAUAAGUAAAUCCAUGAUUAAGUUCUUAUAUGGAUCAUAGUAUUUCUGAAAAUACAUAUCAGUUCCUCAUUAUCCGGUCAUUGGUCAUGUAAUAAGCCUUUGGGUGAUCUCGAUCCGGCCCACCUCAAAUGAUCAGUGGUGGGGUAAAUUUAUACCAACAUGUGUUGUCAUAUGGUACAACUCACCAACCCAUUAUCAUAUCCUGACCAUCCAUCUCAUCACAUAUUAAUCCUAUGUGGUCUAUUUUUAAUUUAAGAAAUUUUGAGGGCACUCCUUGACGGCGAUUUGCAGCGAACUAGGGUAAAUGUCAGGUGAGUUGGCGAGUACCAUUUCCGUUUUUGUUCAGUUUUUGCCCGUAUAAUUUGAUCAACAAGUAAAUCUUUCCUUUAGAGGAUUGUAGAUUUUGUUUACUAGAGUGAUGUUAAUUUUUGUUUUGCUAGACAUCACAACUAGAUGUUAGCUUAAUUUAGUCCAAUCCUUGGACCUGUAGAAAGGAAUUGAUAAAGCAAAACUGUGAGAUGCCUUGGCUUUCUCUUGAAUAAUUUAAUAAAUAAAAAUCCAAUGCUCCAAUUUUAUUCAUGUAAUAAGUAUAUUGAUUAAGUUUCUAAAACUGCCAGAUAGUGUGAUAAUAUUAAUUUUCCAGAUAAGUUUUACUUGAUUGUUUCCUUUAAUUUACCGUUAAAUGUGUUAAAAUCUAAUACAUGUCAAUAUUAUCUUGUUUUUAUGAUAUCUUGACUUGAUGAGAUCAAUUAAGGAAAUAGCGGUGUAUGAUCUGACACUUGUAAAUAUUAAGGCAAUCAUUAUAUGGUUCUCACAUAUUUACUGAAUGUUUUGGAAGAACGUAAUUUAGUGCAGGAACAAAUUAGUGUGACAUGCUGUGUAGGAUUAAAAUAAAUUUGCUUAACUCCUCUUCUUCUUCUCUGUGUCUUCCUCUGUUACUUUGCGGGUACAUGUAAACCUGAAUUUACUUGAUGGUAGUGUGAAAUAGAACAUAAUCCUUAAUACACUAGUUGUGCUUCACAUUUCAUUGUAUCGCUUGUCUACUAAGAAUUACAAUGUCUGUGAAUGCAAUUGUUUUUAUGAAUGAAACAUGCCAAGCUUUCGAGUAUGCAAUUUAAAUAAUUAUUUUGGGCUUACUAAUAGCUGCCCAAGUCAAGCUAAUGUUCUUCCAACUAGCAUAACCGAUAAUAUGCUUCGUGACCUGUUAUUUAUAAAAGAAGUCCGUUUGUCCAAAGACUUCACAGUGUUGAUUGUUGCUUUAGUUAUAUUAGUCACUGUGAUACUCUGUAGACAGUAAGAAACAUAACACCUGAGGAACCAGACAGCAUUUGGAGAACCCCAUAUCUAUGUGAGAUAUUAGAACUAAUCUAAGCCAUUAGAUCAAUCUAAUCUAAUGGCCCCCUAGAUUUUGGUAGGUAACGUAACUUAGACAUUCUGAUGUGUCUAUUAAAGCAACCUGAAAGAGGUCUAAGUACUUUGAAGUACCACUUUUUUGACAUUUUGGAUUUUUGUGUGACCCUUUAAUCAGAAUUAUUGGAUGUCGUAUGCUUAGAAUUUUGGAUGCUAAUGAAAAAGAAAAUGAAGACUGAAAAGAAAUGGUAUUAUACUGUCAAACGAUGUGGAUAGUAAAAAUCUUUUCUGUGGAUAUCCCUUUUUUUUUGUACUUGUCCAUUUAAGUUGAAGUACUUCUACAAACUUGUAAGAGUAGUAGUAAAUAUCUGAAAGAAGCACAAGGAAAGAUAUUUCCAGUCUGACUAUUAUGUAUCUGUGGUUAUUAGGAAGGACAAGAGCUUGAGAGAAUCAGCCCAUUUUUCCAACGAAGGUGGAAUGGAAGUGGUUGAAAAGCCUGCCUUGGGUGGAAUGGAAAAGGCAUUUUGUAAUAAUGUUCUUAGGCGGAUUGUUGAUUUCUUUGCGGGGCGGUUGAUAAUUGACUAUUUCUGGAAUGCUCCACGAACAGUAAAACAAGGAAGAGAACGGAAAAGGAUUUGCAGGAGAUCGGGUGACACAGUUUGGGGAGCAUGGAGCAUUCUUCCUGUUGAACUUCUGGUUUCAAUUUUGGAGAAAUUAAGUAUUGUGGACUACCUGUCAUUUAGGGGUGUUUGUAAAUCUUGGAGGUCUGCAUCUAUUGCUUUCCGCAAAUACUUAAUGGAGCACCAGCAACCCCUAGUUGUUGUUCGGCCAAAGUAUUCGAAAAAGUCUUGUGUAUUGUACAAUAUGUUCGAUAUGAAAAGUUACAAAACAAUGCUGCCAGAUUUGCCUUGCAAGAAAUUAUUGGGUUUGUCAUGUGGGUACCUGAUUACAAUUGACAGAAACCUACGCUUUUGGCUCGUAAAUUUAAUGACAAAACAUGAGCUGCGUUUUCCCUUCCUUCCUGGUAUGGGUGACCGAAAUUGGUUUGAAUUUUCUGCUCGCCUCUUUCGGUCCACUCGGCUUUCAGAAACUUUCAUGGUUCUUUUCUCUCGGACAAAAAAUUAUAUUUGGUUAUCCAAAAGUGGGGGCAGCAGUUGGCAGAGAUAUGCUUUAUUCGACACAAAAGCCAGUACUGCAGAUGUGAAGAUUUUUUAUGGCAAAAUCUUUGUUUUGACAUCAGAUUUACGUUUGGGAGAAUUUAAUCCGAAGGCAGGUUCUGGUCCGAAGUUCUCCAAAAUCAGAAUCCCUUUCCAGGUUUCAUCUAAUAUGCAUUUGAAGUUGGUAGCGUCAGACAAUAAGCUAUACAUGACUGUAUUGAAUAGUUAUCUCUAUCCUGCAUUGGACCGUUAUCUUUCAUUAUUCGAAAUUGACCAUGAGACAAUGGAUAGAGCAAAACAGAUUCAUGACUUGGGUGCAAAAUCUUUAUUUCUUAGUUCGUACAGUUCCGCUGUCGUCAAUACAACUGGUUAGGGAGCAGGUAACUGUGUCUGUCUUCUCCACUUUAAAGAUUUGAAUAAAUGUUCUUUAUUUAACCUGACUGGAAAUCGGCUAGAAACAACUCCUGUUGUUUGGGAUGGUCAUUUAUUGCCAUAUUUUUGGUAUUUUCCUAGUGAAAUUUGGUCAAUUAGUUGUGUCAGUGAUGAGUUUGGCGCAUGAUCACUUCUAAAUCUCAUUCAGUUUUUUUAAUUAAGUCUGUAGUUUUUCUCUUCAUUUUACAUUAUGGAACUUUGAUGUUUGCCUUAGAGGCCCCAGACAGAACUCAAAUGUCAUUCUCUGUAUUUCUUAUUGGCACCAUGUUUUUUCGUGUAUAAUACAGAUUCAUAAGGAAAAAUUUCCCAAUUUGAAGCUGCAGUUUAAUAUAGUUAUAUAUUUUUACUGAGCAAACUUUAAUUGAUAGAUGAUUACUUUAUUUCUGAAUUAUGGUAGUGACAAAUAGAUAAGUUAAUUUUCAAGAAGGAGCUGCAGUUUCUUCCAUCUCUUUCUCCUGCCAGAUCUUUGCAUGUCCAACUCUUUUUCCAGCCGCUGUGUCAUCAAGUGCUGCUUACUUAAACCAACUCCUUAAUUUCUGAAUGAAGGGCCUUUAAGUCUGUCCUUCCAAA